GCCAGUUACCAAACACCUCAUCAAUAAGUUUUUCGAUUGAUUGAAAUCAUCGAAUACGGUCAUCUUACCCUAACUACUUCAAAUACCUCCACUUCAGUCUCACAUGCCAGAGUCAACAGAGAGUGAGAGACACAAAUAAAAAUUAAAAAGACAGCCUUUUGGCCAUUUUUAGGACAAAAAAUGAUGAUAAUCAUGAAGAUGAGUAAAUUAUCUGGAGGUUUGCUAAAAUGGAAGAUUUUGAUAUCCAUUUCAAUGGUUGCUUUGAGUUUCUUGUUGUUGGCUUCAGCUGAAAAAAGAACCCUAAAUUCAGACAACAGCUCCAUCACAACUUCAACUGCAGAUGAUCUUCUUGCUCAAUUUGCCAACUUUUUUUGGAAUUCUGAUCAAUCAGGCUACCACCAUGUUUGGCCGGAUAUGAAAUUUGGGUGGCAAAUUGUUGUGGGAUCAUUAAUUGGAUUUUGUGGAGCUGCAUUUGGAAGUGUUGGUGGUGUUGGAGGUGGUGGAAUAUUUGUGCCAAUGCUUUGUCUCAUAAUUGGGUUUGAUCCAAAAUCCGCAACUGCUAUAUCGAAAUGUAUGAUAAUGGGUGCUGCAGCCUCAACCGUGUUCUAUAAUAUGAAACUAAAGCACCCAACACUAGAUAUGCCGAUCAUCGAUUAUGAUUUGGCGCUGCUUUUCCAGCCAAUGCUCAUGCUUGGAAUUAGUAUUGGUGUUACUUUUAAUGUGAUUUUUGCUGAUUGGAUGGUCACUGUUCUGCUGAUCAUUCUUUUCAUAGGCACAUCUAUAAAGGCAUUAUUCAAGGGUAUUGAGACUUGGAGAAAAGAAACAUUGAUCAAGCUGGAGGAGACUAGGCGUUUGGCAUCAAAUGGUGCUGGUGGUGAAGGAAUUGACUAUAAGCCCCUUCCUGGUGGCCCAAACAUGGAGACUAAAGAAACAGAAGUUUCCUCCGGCGAGUAUUAUUACACAAAGGAACUUGGUCUCCUUAUCUUUGUAUGGGUGACAUUUCUUGUCCUGCAGAUUGUUAAGGAGCAAACAUCUUCUUGUUCAAUAGCCUAUUGGGUGCUAAACUUGUUGCAGGUACCUGUUGCUGUUGGCGUGUCUUUGUAUGAAGCAGUCGGCCUAUACAAAGGACGGAGAAUAAUCUCAUCCAAAGGAGAUGUUUCCACUACUUGGGAAGUCCACCAGCUCGUCUUGUAUUGUUGUUGUGGGAUAUUGGCUGGUAUUGUUGGUGGUCUGCUUGGCCUUGGUGGUGGAUUUAUCUUGAUCCCCUUGUUCUUGGAGCUUGGAGUUCCUCCUCAGGUUUCAAGUGCUACAGCCACCUUUGCAAUGGCCUUCUCUGCUUCUAUGUCUGUUGUAGAGUACUACCUUCUGAAACGUUUUCCCAUCACUUAUGCUCUUUACUUCAUGGCUGUGGCGAUUGUUGCUGCCUUUGUCGGACAACAUCUUGUCAGAAAGCUGAUAAUCUUAUUGGGGAGGGCAUCCUUGAUUAUCUUUAUUUUGGCUUUCUCAAUUUUUGUCAGUGCUGUCUCACUAGGUGGAGUUGGCAUAUCGAACAUGAUCAAAAUGUUUCAUCGACAUCAUUACAUGGGAUUUGAGAACCUUUGCAAGUACAGGGCAUAAGAUUUGGUAAUCUUGUUAUAACUGUCAUCUUCCCAGGGGUGUCAAGACCUUGUGCUGCUUAUUACUAGUUACUCGAAUUCUACAAGAGAAAUGUGUUUUCUUCUAUGGAGCAUUGAGCAAUGUUGCUGGUUCAUCUAGGUAUUUGCAGUUACAUCCAUUCUUUCUGUAUAAAAUUUAUUAUUUUUACUUUUUGGGUAUAAAGAAAAAGAUAUGAUAGUUGAGUUUAUUCUGUUAUGCCACAAUCUUAUUGUAAUAACACCAGAUCCACAUUGGCAGAUGA